AUGGAAUCACCUGUUAGAUUGAGUGUUGCCGCCGCCGGAGGAGGAGGUAGCUCCGAUUGGGCGGAGUUGUUGGAGGACAUUCUCCUGACCGUCAUGGAGCAGCUGGACAUCCCGGACCUUGUACGCUCCGGCGCCGUUUGCGGCUGGUGGCGCUCCGCAUCCGACGCCGUCCGCCGCGCCCGCUUCCCCCUCCCGUCCUCGGCGCAGCAGCUCCCGUGCCUAUUCUACGCCUGCAAGGACUGCUCCCCUGCCGCCUCCGCCGCCGUCCACUGCCCCUUCACCGGCGAGUCCGUCCGUGUCCCGUUCCCGCUCGCACCUGUCGCCGGCCACGCCGUGGUCGGCGCCGGCCAUGGCUGGGUCGUCACCGCCGACGAGAACUCCAACCUCCUACUCUUCAACCCCAUCACCGGCGCCCAGGCCUCUCUACCGCCCAUCACCGGCAUCCGCCACGUGGAGACCGUCGCCGGCGAGGCGCGGCGGGACUGCAUUUACCACCGGGUGGUCCUCUCCCGCAGCCCGUCCUCCGCCGGCCCCGGCGCCUGUGUUGCGCUGAUGGCGCACAUGAGCUACGGCGAGCUUUCGUUCGCCAGGCUCGGCGACGAGCGCUGGACGUCGAUCUCGCCGGACGAACACCCCCACCUCGGCCGAAGCGCGUGUGGCUUCGGCGACUUCUUCCACGACGACGACGACGGCAUAUUCUACGCGCUCCGCUUCGAUGGAUCCAUCUGCACCUUGGACCUCAACGGCGACUCUCCCGUCGUGAAGCAGAUCACCGGCCGAGUCCCACCGCUGUGGUUCCCUCCGACCGUCUACAUCCUCCGCGCGCCAUGGGGUGACAUCCUUCAAGUACGGAGAUGGCGGCGUUACUUCGACUUGGUGCUGCAAACCGAUGCACUAUCAUCAUCACACCUUACACUUAGUCGUCUCAAGGUAGACGACGACGGCCUGAAACCUAUCACGCGCUUCGACGAACUCGUAAAUCCAUAUCGGGAGCUCAGGACGGUGGACAUCGAGGUGCUCAAGGUUGAUUUCGAUCGACGAAGCGCCGUCAAGAUGAGCAGCUUGGAUGAUCACGCUCUCUUCCUCGGUUACAACACCACGAUGUGCCUCUCGACUAAAGAUUAUCCGAUGCUGAAGCCAAACUGCGCAUACAUCACCGACGACACGUCCGAGUAUAUCGGCAAUCGCAAGAACGGCUGGCGAGAGAUUGGCAUCUGGGACAUGAAAGCCAAGAGCUUGCAGAGGUUUGAGUGCGCCGAGGAUUCGCCGCCAUGGCUGAAUUGGCCCACCCCUGUUUGGAUAAAACCUUCGUUUUUGUAA